CUCCUCCAGGUGUUGUUUCUUCCGGGGUGGGCGGAGGCGUUGACGGUGAUGGCGGACGAGGAAGACAGAGGAAGCCCGGAGGUUUGCACCCUUCGGUUGGGGACGGAAGCCGACGCCGCGGGAGACGGAGAGCUGCUGGAGUGCGGCGAACCCUUGGACUCCACUGGCUACGUGCUGUACAGAAACAGGAAAGAAUGGGCAGAUAUUGACCCGGUUCCUCAAGAUGAUGGGCCACAUCCUGUUGUUCAGAUCAUAUAUAGUGAAAAAUUUAAAGAUGUAUAUGAUUACUUCCGGGCCGUUUUGCAACAUGAUGAAAGGAGUGAAAGAGCUUUCAAGUUAACAGGCGAUGCCAUUGAACUUAAUGCUGCAAACUACACAGUAUGGCAUUUCCGUAGGGUACUUCUGCAGUCCUUGAAGAAAGACUUAAAUGAGGAACUCAAUUACAUCACUGCUAUCAUUGAAGAUCAGCCAAAGAAUUACCAAGUCUGGCAUCACCGACGAGUUUUGGUAGAGUGGUUGAAGGACCCAUCACAAGAACUCGAAUUUAUUGCAAACAUUCUGAACCAGGAUGCCAAGAAUUACCAUGCUUGGCAACACAGACAAUGGGUCAUUCAGGAAUUUAAGCUAUGGGAUGAUGAAUUGGAGUAUGUUGAGCAACUUUUGAAAGAAGAUGUCAGAAAUAAUUCCGCCUGGAACCAAAGAUACUUUGUGAUUUCAAACACAUCUGGUUACAAUGAUCCUGCUAUUCUAGAAAGGGAAAUUCAGUACACUCUAGAAAUGAUCAAACUGGUACCUCAUAAUGAAAGUGCCUGGAACUACCUGAGAGGGAUUUUGCAAGAUCGUGGCCUUUCAAAAUAUCCAGAUCUGCUCGAACAGCUACUGGAAUUGCAGCCAAGUCAUAAUUCCCCGUAUCUAAUUGCCUUCUUGGUGGACAUAUAUGAAGACAUGUUAGAAAACCAGUGUGAAAAUAAGGAAGAAACUCUCAGCAAAGCAUUAGAGUUGUGUGAAAUCCUCGCUAAGGAAAAAGACAUUAUACGGAAAGAAUACUGGGGAUAUGUUGGAAGAUCCCUUAAGAAUAAACACAGCCCAAAUGAAGAACAGACUGUGCCAACAGAAAAUGAUCAGCAUUAAUUUAAUGCAAAGGAGAAAUGAUACAGCAUUCAGCUUCUGUGCAUUUUACAAAAUCUCUAGACUGGCAAUUAAUACAGUGUUCCCCUUCUUUCCAAAAUUUGUUGUAACUAUACAUUAAUUGCAGAGAUAUUGCUUCUAACCGCAUUGAGAAUGCAAAGUGUUCUGAAUAACAAAUUGACCCAUGGUUAUUGCUGCUAUACACAUUAGCUAUGGGGUAAUUAAAGUACUGUGCAUUUAAAAAACCCUUGUAUCAGAAAUAAAUAAAUUUGUUUUUCUAUUCGGUACAUGAAUAACACUGUUCAAGCAAUUCUACUAUCCUAAAUUUUAAAGCGACCCUUCUCAUAAAGUAAGUGCAUGUGAGUCUCUGAACGUAUUUGGAUUGGACUGCAGAGAUCUACUGUGGACGUACGAAGAAUACGCAAUUGUACAUUGGAGCAGCUAUGCAACACUAUGUUUUCAUUGUAUCCAGCUAGUGCCAUCAAUAAUUUGUCAUAAAGAUAUAAAUGCUGUACUUG